AUGAAGUUCGCAAUUCGUGUCUCUCAUCGCCUUGGCCUAUACGCAAAUACGACCUGCAUCUAUUUUGUUUUUGGCGAGGUAAAUGCGUUUUACAGCAUAAGUGAGUUAAUGAGCCUAGAGGCAGACUUAAGUGCCAAUUUUCCGAACGAAAAUCAGAUAACGUUGGGUGCAAUAUUAGAUCGUGCAAGAGAGACAUUGCUCAGUGCAGGUUCGUCUCGUGUCAAUGCUUCAAACAUUGUCGUCGCUAUUACAAGUGGAAAGUCAACAGAUGAUAUCGAAGUGCCAACAAUUACCUUGAAGGCAUCGAACGUGACAGUUUUUGCCAUGGGUGUGGGUGAAAAGUAUUCUUUGGGGCAGUUGAAUGAGAUGGCAAGUGAAUUGGAUGAAGAUCACGUCUUCACAGCAGAGUCUUGGGAAGACGUUAAUGCUGAUUUUGUAUCUGAAGUGGCGAAGAAAAUAUAUCAAGGUGGGCUGAGUAUCUAGUUUACUUUUAUAUCGUGAAAAAAACAAAAAAACAAAAACAGUGGCAGAUGCACGAAAGCGUUUCAGAACAUUUAAGAAAUAGAGGUCAUGCGUGGAUCUAGGGAAAAUAUUGACCGCGAUUCCCUAAACUAACGCCGAAGGCGCACGUUUCUAGGGGGAGUUCGGGGGCAUGCUUUCCCAGGAAAUUUUAUUACAUUUAAUUCUCUAAAGUCCCCUUACCUGGGUGGUUUCUGAGUCAUUCGUCGGACAGGAUAUUGGCCAGUUCCAUUGUCCUCUGAUGAAGCCUUACAAAUCGGUGGAAUAUUAUUAUUAUUUCUCAUGCCCGGAAAUUGGAAAAAAAAUUAUUCAAACCAUUUUCCAGAAAAAAAAAUUCUGUUUAUGAAAAAUCUGACCGAUUAAUUUCCGUAAAAUGGUGGAAACCGAUGAGGAUCUGCGCAUGGAAGUAGUGUAUUCUCUUCGAACCCAUCGUUAAAUACAGCAACUGAUCAAACCACUAACUAUGUUAUCCUUGUUUCUCAUAAGUUGUCGACAGUUGUGUGAGCUCUCCAUGUUAUAACAACGGCUCUUGUACAAAUUUGGACGGUGGCUACAACUGCACGUGCUCUGUGGAAUAUUCUGGAGAACGCUGCGAGAAAAGUGAGAAGUCUACAAGUUACUUUUUUAUGCGUGAAAAACAAUGAUAAAACACCUGCAGGGGCUGUGUCAUUGUAGUCCAGCUUUUAUGCUUUUGUAGACCAGUCCAUUUACUCCAAUUAAUGUUUCCCUAACUCUCUUAGGAGCAUACCAUUAGUGCGGAGAAAUUAUGGCAUAGAAUUAGUGAUUUCUCGAAACCUCAGUUCCGGAAACUCUUCAUAAUUCGAAUUACCAGACUGAUAUUUCCCAUUCCAGGUCAAAAUCAUGCAGUUCCUCCCAUCCCCUCCCCUGUAUUUUUCGAACCUCUAGAUGCUUCACACUCGUUUCCUUUUCCCCACGCAGGCUAUCCCCUAAGAACGUCUGCUUGUGAGGCUAUUCCCCACGAGGUCUGGCUAAAAUAAAAACUGGGAUGUCUUUGUUCACUGACUUAACAAACUCACAGUUUAGUGACAAACAAAAAUGUAUCCGGGGCGUUUCAUGAUUUAGGAAGAUAAACGUCGACAAACUGGCUGAAGAGUUUGCAAAAAUACCUAGAAAUGCAUUAUUCUUUCAUACAUACUGCAAUAACCCAAGUUUGCUCCCCUGGGCAAUUAGCCAGGGCUCAGUUGUUCAAAAGGUAAAUGACUCUAUCAACUGGAUAAAUUUCUAUCAAGAGGACAAUGCAAUUGGUUUCGCUAAUGCUUAUCCGCUGGAUAGUGAUUUAACCAGUGGAUAGCGCAAUCUAACGUUUGAACAACUGGAGAGCGGCAGAAUAAUCGAGCCUAGGAUAGGUCAUGAUCAGCUAUUUGGAACCAAUAGUGGUGGGGCGUGAGUUAACGUAUAUCAUCAUAUUCCACCUGGUAAUUGGUUGGUGGCACUCCCGCAUCUUCACGCAAUACUGAUACCGGCACUAUAAACGUGCCCAGGUGUUUAUUAGAGAAAGUGAAGUUAGACAACAACAUCCACAAAAAACAAGGAAAUGUCUGUUUUUAAAUAGGCAGAUCAGUUGAAUAUCUUUCGCUGGGUUGUUUCCAUGACCGAAAUAACACGCCUGUCAUUCCCUCCCUGGAGUCAGUAAGUGCAACCUACCUCAACGGACCUCAUCAGACAAGAGAAAAUGCAGUUAAGAAAUGUGCUUUAGAAACAGCAAAGGUUGGCUUCAAAGCGUUUGCCCUGCAAGAUGGGGGAGCUUGCCUUUCUGGGCCUUUUGCUCAUAUAAACUACAGCAUUUAUGGUGAAACAGAGUGUCCACCUGGUGGAAAAGGGGGGCCAAAUGUGAGCGAAGUUUAUUUACUUGGAGGUAAGUUUGUCUUUUGCAUUUUCACUAUGUUUAGUUACAGUAAAAAGUGUCCAUACCACUUUUUUUUAGGAAAAGGGGUGUCUGUAUCCGGGCUACAAGCAUUUAGGUGCCCUCUAGACAGAGGCAGAUCCAGGGGAGGGGCCCGGGAGGCCCGCCCCCCUUAUUUUUAGAUCAAACGGAGGCCCUAAGGGCCAAAAAAACUUAUUUUGGAGACCGCCCCCCUGCUUAUCUAUCUGGAUGACUGCCUCCCCCUUAUCUCAAGGUCUGGAUCACUGCUAGAUAUAGAUCGCUUAUGGAAAAUUGAGUUGUUGCAAAGCAAGGACGGGACAUUCGUCCUUCGUUUUCAUUCAAAAUUCUACCACCUAAAUAAGUUUAGUCGCACACAAGUACAACAACGUAAUUAAUGAACGUAAUUAAUGGAUCAUCCGUCUAUACUUUUGGUUAUGGUAUGAAUAGAUAUCUUGUGGUUCAUUUUUGUAUUCUUGGAUUAUAUUUUAUUUCAAACUUAUUAUCAUACCACCAUAUCCAGAAAAAAAGGAAAAUAUUUAAACCAAAACUUAAAGAGAACUCCAACAUGUCUAUAUUAUGACUGUGAUAAACAUCUAGUAUUAAACAACGCGAUUAUAUUUGUUCUUUCAUUGCGUCUAUAUUAUAGUUGUUGUUAUCAUCAUUGUUUAUUUAUUUACAUGUAUUUUCUCCUUUGUGAAAGCGAAAUGUGGAGAGCUGCUGCAGGAGAGACUCGUACAUCUAUCGGACAGGACUAUAAAAGGCUCGUCGUACAGAGAUCCCUGGGGAGUUCCAUACUUAGACGGGGAUUAUUCCUGGUGUCCAAAGGGCGUGGACAUAAAUCGUGAAAUUGAACUUGAACUGAGUAAGAGAAGAGUAUUAUUAAAUCUUGGUCAUUUGGUAAAGGGCUUAGCUAAAAGCAAAGUUUCUCUGACAUCACUUAUAUGUAUUGUUUUAUUUCCAAAAUCUUUAGGAAUAAAUUUACUCGAUUCUCGUGGUGNGUGUCUGUAUCCGGGCUACAAGCAUUUAGGUGCCCUCUAGACAGAGGCAGAUCCAGGGGAGGGGCCCGGGAGGCCCGCCCCCCUUAUUUUUAGAUCAAACGGAGGCCCUAAGGGCCAAAAAAACUUAUUUUGGAGACCGCCCCCCUGCUUAUCUAUCUGGAUGACUGCCUCCCCCUUAUCUCAAGGUCUGGAUCACUGCUAGAUAUAGAUCGCUUAUGGAAAAUUGAGUUGUUGCAAAGCAAGGACGGGACAUUCGUCCUUCGUUUUCAUUCAAAAUUCUACCACCUAAAUAAGUUUAGUCGCACACAAGUACAACAACGUAAUUAAUGAACGUAAUUAAUGGAUCAUCCGUCUAUACUUUUGGUUAUGGUAUGAAUAGAUAUCUUGUGGUUCAUUUUUGUAUUCUUGGAUUAUAUUUUAUUUCAAACUUAUUAUCAUACCACCAUAUCCAGAAAAAAAGGAAAAUAUUUAAACCAAAACUUAAAGAGAACUCCAACAUGUCUAUAUUAUGACUGUGAUAAACAUCUAGUAUUAAACAACGCGAUUAUAUUUGUUCUUUCAUUGCGUCUAUAUUAUAGUUGUUGUUAUCAUCAUUGUUUAUUUAUUUACAUGUAUUUUCUCCUUUGUGAAAGCGAAAUGUGGAGAGCUGCUGCAGGAGAGACUCGUACAUCUAUCGGACAGGACUAUAAAAGGCUCGUCGUACAGAGAUCCCUGGGGAGUUCCAUACUUAGACGGGGAUUAUUCCUGGUGUCCAAAGGGCGUGGACAUAAAUCGUGAAAUUGAACUUGAACUGAGUAAGAGAAGAGUAUUAUUA